ACUUGUUCCCAGCAGCUCAGGGACUGAGGCACCUGUCAGACAGAGGAAGACUUUCCCUCCACUCACACCAGCGACACACACACACUCUACUGAACUGCAUGGACUUUGCUCUGCUCGGUGGAAAGUGAACACAGGUGGUGCGUCAAUAGAACAGAAGAAAGGCGAGAGAGAAACCUCAAGAAGAAGCAUGCCAAAAGAGGGGGACAGAGCAACUGUGUUGUUCAAUACCAAAGUGCGGACCAAGCUGAAGGGAGAUGGCAGCUGGCUGCAGCGCUGCAGUGAAACUCAGGCCGAACCUGAGGAGGAGGUGAAACCCUGGGUGGCAGAGGUGAGGGCCAACCGUGUGAAUGGAGCCCCAAUCGAGACCAGUCCAGGGCCAUCACCAACAAAGCCCAAACCACCCCUGCCCAGUAAGCCUGACGCUGAGAGACCGCCAACGUCAGGAUAUCUGAUCAGAGGCAUUUUCACUAAACUGGACGAGAAGCCUGCAUCAUCGUCCACAUCUAACGGCACAAGUGGAACGACGCAAUUCUACAAAAAACCCUCGGAGACCUACAAGAAAAUAGCCCCCCACACAGUGAGGCCCACGUCGGAGAACCAGGAGGGCCUUCUGAGCAAUGAAGAGCAGGAGAAACGGACGAAGGCAGCCAGCAGUGUUCUGAAGACAUCUGCAGUCAAGCAGCGGUCUUAUGUGCUCUCUGCUGCUAAGAAAUACGAGUUAAAUGAAAAAGACCCUGACACCUCACUGAUCAUCAACAAUGCAUCAUUUGUGGCUAAAAGGGUUGAGAUUAUAGAUGAAGAUGAGGGCGACACGACACCACCACCUGUCAACUCCCCCAGCCCCACCCCUGUCAUCCCCGUCACAUACGUCGCCCCGAAGCCCAGCCCAAGGAGAAUGUCAGAAACAAAGGUGAAAACAGUCGUUGAUGCUAUUGUCGCUGAGCCAGUGGCUCCGAAGGUUCUGGAGCCUAUGCCAGACCUUUUGAAAGAAGACCCCCCUCUAGUGUCUGUGACGCAGAAGGACCCGUUUGAAGGCAUGAAGCCAGGAUGCACCAAGGUGGCCACACCUCUUCCUGAACUCAUCCCAGUGUUUGUAGAAGCAGUUUCUACAAAGCCAGAACCCAAGAAGCCAGAUGUUUCUGAGCAAGCCGACACCUCUCUAGUUAAUCUCACCCCUGAUUUAACAAACCUGGUGUCAACCACUCCAGCUGUCUCAGAAUCCCCUGCUCCAUUGUCCCCUGUCAUGACUUCAACUGUCCCAAAAUCCCCUGCUCCAUUGUCCCCUGUCAUGACUUCAACUGUCCCAGAACCCCCUGCUCCUUUGUCCCCUGUCAUGACUUCAACUGUCCCAGAACCCCCUGCUCCAGUGUCUACAGUAACAACAAUCACGGUGAUGACAGAAACUAUACCUGAACCGGAGGAAGAACCUGAACCACAAUCUAAACCUUCUCCUACAAGCUCCAGAGUUGACACGCUCGCUGCCUUUUACGACACUCUUGUUCCUUUUGCCACAAGUUCAACCAGUCUCAAAGAUGAUGAGCCAGAGCUGGCAAAGGAACAAGGAGGCUCAGCAGACAGACGCACCACAGAGAGCAGAGCUGCGGAGGAGCCCACUCCAGUUCUCAGCAACUGUGAGCCAAUGAUAGACGAUCUCCUGGCUCUUGAUGAUGGUCAUCAGGAGGUAGCAGAGCCUGUUCCCCCCAGCCCAGGACGCUGGAGUCAGGAUCUGCUCAGUGGAUUUGAUAGUGAGCCAAACCCAGCAAAGACCAGCGGCGCCCUGGAUCUCCUGGCUACUGAUGUGAUUCCAAUCAACACAGAGACACGCAGCCUCAGCAUGCAGCGAGAGGAGGAGAAGCAGACAAAUGAGACAGUCGUAGAAACACAAAGCCUCACAGAGACCGUCACUAUAACCACCAGGACCGUGACUAUUACUGACAAAAGUGAAGAGGACAAAGCAGAUCCCUGGAGCUCACAUGUGACAACAGUAGUCACUGAAUCGAGCUCGGCUGAUCCAUUUGAUCCAUAUCCGAUAGGGACCACAUCCCCUAACAGCUCCUCUGACCUUCUCCAGCCCCUCGCAAAUAUUUCCAUCAACAGAGCACCAACCACGUUCAUGGAGAACAAAGAUCUGAGUCCAGAAACAAAUAUGAGUGGCAAUCCACUGAAGUCCCUCGCAAAUGACAUCGUCCCCAUCAACACUGACACCCCCAGGCUCAGCACUCAGCGGUCAUGGGCACGCACAUGGGAAACCAUCACACCUGAGCAGACCGGCACAGAGGAGAGCCAAGAGGCCGAACCGGAGGACCAAGCUGGAGAUCAGCAGACAAUGAUCAUGUUCGAGAGAAAGUCGAAGGAGAAUGACUCCCCAUGGGACAGGUGGACAUCACCCACUGUCUAUACCAUCACUACAGAAGAGGAAGAGGAGGAGGAGGAAGAGGAGGAGGAGAGCCCCGAGGAUACACUCACACAGACAGUCACAACCGUCACCACCAUCAGGGAGAUACACAGUGAGCCAGAGCCUGCUAUGGAUCGUUAUGAAACCUACUCCAGGACGGUGAUGGAAGAAGACCGCUCUGUCCAAACACCAGAACCUGAGACCAAAAAGCCGUUUGUGUAUGUGAAGGAAUACGUCAAUACCUCGGAGCUGUCCCUGCAUAACGCCAGAGAUGAAAUCAAUAGAGGGUCGGAUUAUUUGACAUCGAGCUCUAACAGUUACUCUUACAGCAGCCCCUCAAGUUACUCCAGCUCACUGUCAUCCACCUGUACAUUCUGCAGCGAGCAGGUUGGCAAUGAUGCUAAAAUCACCAUUGAGCACCUCAAUAUCAACUGUCAUCCUGAAUGCUUCAAGUGUGGUGUGUGUAGUAAGCCUAUGGGAGACCUUCUCUUCAGUAUGUUUCUACACGGUGGGAAGGUCCACUGUGAGAACUGCUACUCCAAAGCUUUGGACUGAUUGUCUGAGCUCUUCAGCGUCCUCUUAUCCUCGCCCCCUUCCCUUCAUGUUCAUUUGCAUAUAAAGUGAGAACUGUGCUUUUCAAAAAUGUUGGACUGUGUUCAGUUUGAACCUUUCUGUGGUUUAGGGUGAUCAAAGGCUGUCGUAGUGAACAAUAAGAUUUCUUUAGCUUCCAUUAGGUUAAAUUUCUAAUUUCUCAAACAUGUUAUACAAGCUUGUGUUUGUUUGUUUGUUUGUUUUUCUUCCCUGGUGGUGAAAGCUGUAUCUGCCUCAGUAGACUAUGAAGGACGUGUCUGUACAACAUGAUGUGCUACAUUUACCUGUGAACAAACUGGCAAGUGGGGUGCAAUACUAUGAUUUAGAUGUUUUGAGUAAUUAUAUGCAAAAUAAUGACUUUGUUCAAUGUUUACUUCCUUUGUUCUUCUUGAUACAAAACAGUGUGUUCACAUAUAUGAUGCUUUGUUAACAAAAUAAAGUGAUUUAUAUGA